AACACCCUAACCACAUGAAAACCUACUCGAGUACUUGCACAGUCCAACAGUACCAUGUAGCCGCUUUCUUGCAUAAACAGGAAAAGCAUGGUUUCAUGUUUUUGUAUCUAAAGAGAAGCAAGCGCACCCCGAGCACAUUCAGUCUCUGCAGCAAAGAUGAAGAACUUCUUGCCAACGUUCCAGAUUAAAAAGCUCGGCACCUACGUUGCAGUGAUUGUGAUUUUUGUUCACAAUGUUGUGCUCGACAAAGAUUUGGAGUGCUCGUGCAAACAACAAGUUCUUGACUGCAACUUCUACAUGAUUAUGCCGUCGUUUCUUGUAUUUAUUUUACAACUCUGGACGGACACAACCUUCCAGAGAGCCUUGAAGUAUACGUGUGCCUGUACAUGUGACUGCCCAUGUGGCUGCGAGAAACGGUGCAAACUGUUCUGCGUUUUGGUUUAUCACAUUGUCAAGGCCGUGCUGGUGGCUCUGCUGUGGGUGACCUCCGUGUACAUCGAUGGAGACUGGUUCGUCUGCUGUAUGAACGAUGAGUCGGAGCAGCAGGCCCAGCUCGCCUGCAAGGAGAAGCACAACCUCACCGCAGAGGACCGCGCAACCAUCGCCCAGCUGAAGAACCGCUCCACGCUUGUCGGCAUGUCUCUUCUCUUCUGUAUCCUGUUGCUGGCUGCCUUGAUAUCAUCAUUUGGACUGAGAUGCUGUAAGGAUUCAAGUUGCUGCAACAGAAAUAUUCUGUACUACAAAGUGAUUUUGGAUGAGGAGGAAAAUGUGCUGAAAGAGAUUUUGACAAAAGCAGCAAAAGAACAGUUGACUGACGCAGUCAAGUCAAAAAUGGAUAGACCCGAUUGGCAGAAAUGUUUUGAUGCUGCUAAAGAACUGGUUGAACAACCCACUGCACCUAGAUUUCCUGAAGCAGCCGAAAACCAGGAGAACGGGGUUCUUCUUGAACAUCGGAGACCAGAGGAUCGGAGACCAGAGGAUCGGAGGCCAGAGGAUCGGAGACCAGAGGCGGGUCAUCUUUUGGAGGGAGAGGAGGAGGCUCCAGUUUCAGCCGAAGCCCGCCUAUAAGAUGGAUCUUUCAUGGUUUACCCAACACAACGUACUGGAAAGAAAAGUUGUAUUCAGCUCAACAGGUUUUUACCUAAUCUUUUAAUUAUAUGAGGUCUUUGUGUUUUUUUCUGCUAGAUGUAAGUGCUUCAUUUGCACCAUUGACCUUUCUCUCUUACUGGAACAUCUCAAAGACUGCGUAAGUGGUUUCCUUGCUACUUCCUAGAGAGAUCCUGUAGUGUAGCGUCGGUAACUCCAAGCUAUCCUCUGCGGCAUGAAGAGAGGAUCCAUCCGUACGCUGAUGACACUCACCUCUAUUUCAACCAAAAGGACCUUUAUCAAAUUAAUUCACUCAACUAUCAAAUCAUUAACCCUAAAGACUGGAGGGUUCAGAUCUUCCUGCAGCUAACGUAGACACGGAGAGGGAGAGGGAGACUCUGUGUUGUCAUACAGGGCCACGGCAACGGGUGCAACCACAAUCCGAGGAAAGCAAGAGGGGAAUAAGCUAAGUGCUGACUAUAAGAAUAUUGUUAGCUUUCACAGGGGCUGUGGCCUGAAUUCCACUUAUCUUUCUACGGCAUAAUGUUUUUUAUUGAUUAUUUCAUAUUCACUAUUCAUUUGUAUUCAUUCAUUCAUUCACAUAUUUUAUUUUACUUAUUCUCUUGUGUAACUUCUCGCUAAAUGCUGUAUAACAUUUACAUUGUUUUUAUGAUUCUUCCUCUGCCAUUUUAUUUGUGUGAUUAAGAAGUGUGUAACUUUGUUUUAAUAUGUGCUAUACAAAU